AUGGCGAGCAAAGUUCCAAAGACGAUCUCUUGCGACGGUGAGAUCUUCUGUCUUUGGGCUAAACCGGCUAAUGCUCGAUCAUCCGAAUCAGUUUGUCGUCUGCGCAAGAUCAAAUGUGACAAGCCCAGAAUCCGGGACGAUCCGCCUCCUGAAAGUCCUGCGGAACCUUGUGGAUCAUGUAAAGAGCAAAAGACACCUUGUACGUUCAAUCAUGUCCCUCAGAAGCCAGGACCUCAACCAGGGAGUCGGAAACGAAAAAGCGAAGUCAUGAGUCCUGCGGGCAAUGGGACGCCAGCAAUACGGUUCACUCCGCCUUCAUCGCAUACUACGCCGAAAGCUUUAGAUCUACCACCGAUGAUUGAUCCGACUAGCUUGGUACCGAUUACCACUCCCCGUUCCCUCCUAGGGGAUCGGACCCGCCUCGGUAUCCUCCCGUCGAACGGAGCGGGACCCAGUGUCAACAACCGAGAUAUCCAUCGCCGCACAGCAUCCUCGGAAUCAACGGACACCGAGCUGAGGGACUCGACGAACCCUCUGGAGAAGCAUAUCUCUCGAGCGGACCUCACGCAAAUCCUCGACAUCUACUUUGAAUAUAUUUUCUGCCUUGUUCCAUUUCCUCAUCCGCCAAGUUUCCUUUCGGACCUGUACAAUCGACGCGAAGAACGACCUGGUGAAGAAGAGUGGACGAUGAUGGUACUUGCCAUGGUACCGUUCACGUUGGUCCAAGUACCUCAUCAGAUGUUCCCACAUUCAUUGGACGAGAUCCGACGCCUUGUCGUGGUGUGUCGGGACGAGGUCAAGAGAUAUCUCAGCAGAGGCUAUGUGAGCUCAGGUGUGAACAGGAAUUUCAUCCUAUACUGCGCCGGACUGGUCGAGCAUAACCUCGGUCAUAACGGUUCAGCCCGCGAAUUGCAUGGGUCCAAUGUCUCAUUGGUCCUUCAGCGAGAGCUCGACAGGGAGAUCACGUACUCCAGAUUCAGUCCCUACGAGAAAGAACUUCAAUCUCGCAUGUGGUGGUUGAUCUACUGUGCCGAUCGAUCUUCCGCAACGUGUGAAGCUUCAAAGAUGAUGAUUGAUGAGGACAUGUGCAGUGGUGUACAGCUACCGAGCGACAACCCGGACAUACUCGAAGACCCUAUAGCGUUCCUGUCAGAGCAGCCCUCGGUCCUCACUGGAUUUCGAUACAUCUCAAGGGCAUGGAGGAUCGCUGGGCAGUUGAUCAGUCGUCGAGCGAAGGAUCUUCGGAACGUCCCACAGGGUCGAGACAUUCACGUCCGACUAGCGGAAGUCGACGAGCUACUGGAGCAGCUGGAUGGAUUGAUGGAGGGUUGUCCCUCCUUCCUGCGUUUAGAGCUCGCGACGGAAGACAGUUUGUCCCCGCUGGAAGCAUUCUUGACCCUCAACAACGGUCUCAACUCGCUAGCGGAGGAUGGACCGGGAAAUGGUGCACCUGUUCCUCAACCCAAAAGACAAUACAUCAUCCAACAGGCCAACAUUUAUAUCACACAGCAAUGCGUGAGGAUGAUGGGUUUACAAUAUCGAGAGCAGCUUCAGGGGCUUCGAUUCGCUGAGAGAGAACGCAGUGGCCCAUUCAUGGCCAGUCUACAAGCUAAAAGGCAGAGAGAAAUCGCAAUGUACAGGGACGAGCAGUUUACCGUCUUAUCGUACUUGCUCAGGAUCCUCAAUUCCCUCCCUCACGAACUCAUAGCGGUCAAUUCCCUCCCUGGCGUCACGAAGAUCCGAUAUGUCGCCGCGUCUUUACUGGCUGAGCUGGAGGCUAGUCCUGUGAACUCGGAUCACGAUGACGGAGCGCAUCAGCGAGCCGUUGAUUAUCUUGGUCAAUACCUUACGAUUCUGGCGAAAAUUGAGGCUCUGUUCUCGCUCACUGUUUGA